AUGGCACCUUCACUGAGUCUGCGACCUCGCACUGGCGCCAGCGAGCGACCUCCCACGCGCGACAACGCCGAUCACAGUCUCAUCAUCCCCAGCCGGACCUCGUCUCUCCAUUCGAGGAUUACUCAGCCUCUCCCGUCGACGUUGAACGUCAAGCAGGGCGCAAGAAGCCCCAAGACUCUUACUCAUGCCUACAUGGUAUGCGGUGUUGGUCGGGAGCCCUCGCAAUGGGUCAAGGCGCCUGCACCAUCACAGGGCAAAAUCGGUCACAUGAAGGGCGCCGUCGGCACCUUUUGGCUUCCAGAGAUCUUGGGAAGCAGCCCUAGACUGGAGCAAGACAACGAGAUUGCGAGGUCUCUGCACGCCGCUAUGCGAGAUUCCUCUCACACUCUUUACGGUAUCGCGCUGCGCGUCUGGUCUCGCGCUGACGAGAAGAGGGCCGAGACCAUUCGGGACCUGCGCAAGCGCAUCGAGCCCGACUUCUUCGACAACCCGGAUGAGACUUACUGGAUUCCCUACUGCCUGAGCUUCCUCUCCCGAUAUCCCUUGUACAACCUGCUCGGCGACUACUUGCGUGGCAUGUGGAUUCACUGGAACAAGGCCACAAACCUGUUCCACGCUGAAGAGGUGUCUCGCAUUCUCAGCUUCCCCGCUCCACGCCUCAACGACCUGGUUCGAAUCGACAUGAAGGACUACGCGCUGUGCUACCAGUUUCCCUCUUCGCCAACCGGUUUCCAGAAUUUCGCCAUGUGGCCCCUGUUCACGUGUCUAUCUAUCCCCAACAUCGUGGGUGUCAUCGAGGCCGCUGUAUCACCGACCCGACGAAUCAUCUUUACUAGCCACUACCCCGCCAUGCUUACUAUUGCUGCUGAAACUAUACGCUUCUGUGUGAGGGUUUACGAGUGGAGUGGUCUGUAUGUCCCCGUUGUCCACGCACGCCACGUCAAGGACUUGGUCCAGGAGCCAGGCCCCUACAUUCUAGGUGUAACGUCGGAAUGUCGGUCGCUCUUCACUGCGCCGACAGAUGCCCUUGUUGUUGACUUGGACCGGAACUUCGUUUUGACUUCCAGCCCACCCACUGCCCUUAGUGCAGGCCAGAGGACAAAGAUGAUUACUCGUCUGACUCAGGCGCUCAACGGCGAAGUGUCACCGACCGGUGUCCCACAGCAUCUGCGAUCGGCGUACGGUGGUGGUAAACUCAUUCCUGCGGGUCAAAUAAUUGUCAUGCGUGGUGAGGUUGAGAGCAUCCAGGAUCCAGACUGGUGGACUCAAGAUGCGGUCAUGACAGUCAUGGACCACGUAUGCGAGAAGUUGGGCCGAAACAGUGGAGUCAAGGCUAUCUUUGGCGGUUCCGUCAAGAAGCCACUGAUGACCAAGGUCUCCAUGCGCCACCUGAACGAGAUUGUCCGCGAGCGCAACCAGUACUCGCGCGAUGCACAGGAGGCAUGGACAGACUUCAUCAACCUCAAGCAACGCUUGGACAGUGAGCUUGGCAAGGUCACCAAGCGCAACAACUUCCUGGUUGAGGAGCUCGAGAGCUGGAAGCAGCAAUUCCUCAAGUUCCAGGCUUUCGCUGAGCAACUUACCAAGGAGACACAAGAUCUCAAGGUCAAGAUUGAGAAUCACAAGCGUGAGAACCGUCGCCUCAGCAACCUCAUCGACCAGCAGAAGGAUGACGCCGCAAGGCUCACUGUCCGUCUAUCUGGUACUGAAAAGCAGCGUGACGACGCUCUCGAGGCCCUUGUCCUCCAGCAGGAGAUUGCUGAGGAGCUCGAGCGCGAGAGGAAGAAGAACAAGAAGGAGCUCAGCGCCCUUCAGCACACCAACGGUGCCAUUCUCCGCCAGCGAGACGAGGCGCAACGAGUUGUGCUUCACCUCCGUGCUCUCAUCGAGGGCCAAACACACCACAUGGAGCACAUUGUCAAGUCGCUCAACCACGAUGACAUGUCUAACUACAUGGAUGCUGGCUUCGAGGACGUGCCAGAGGAGGAUGAGGAUCAGUUUGAAGAUGCUGAGACCCAAAACCAACCUCACACACCUAACCGUGCCUCAAUCAAGGAUAAGUCCGAGGUUGGCACCAUCCGCGGCGUAGCAGGCAUUGAGAGCCGCCAGUCGUCCAGGGCAAGCACUGCACAAGGCAAGCACCUCGAAGGCGAGGACGUCACCGCAGACAUGGAGCAGCGCCUGUUCAGCAACCCCGCACGCAGCUCGAAGCGCUUCUCAAAUCAGUCCAUGGUUGACGUAGCCGACCGUGUCCUCCGCGACAAGACCGAUGCGAUUGCGUACAUCAUCCGCAACAUCUCGGAGCAAUGCGCAGCAGCCGUCGAAGGGCUUCAGCUCGCCCAGCGUGCCGACAUUGAAGAAGACAACCACAGUGACCGUCGCAGCAGCGUCGGUCAAAUGUCAUCGGUCGGUGGUCGUGCGCAAUCAACCAUCGGCAGCGAGUACGGCGAUGAGGAGAACAUGCUUCGCCCCGGGCGUGGGUCUAGCAUCCCUCCUACUCCCGACCUAAGCCACCGGUCCAGCACUUCCAUGUCCAUGGCCAGCGCCAGUACAACACCAGACCGGUCGAGUCUCCAGCACCGAUCGCACGACAUCCCCGUCGUACCCACACGCAUUCUCGAAGACGAUGAUGAUGUCGAGGCUGGUAACAACGACCUCCACGCUGACAUGGUCCCCGUAUCCAAGUACGCCCAGCCACUCCAGCGACCCAACACUGCUGUGCGCCACAACCUGCGCUAA